GACGUUUCAUUAUCGGCCAUUUUCAGUCAAAACGAGGAUCCUUGUUCACCUGUGAGCAUCGCUUUUUGAGUAAAUCGUAUAUUGUAUUUGUAGAAACCCCACUCCGACAGAAAAAAAUGGCAGACGACAAAGGGGAUGAUUUGUCCACUGCCAUCCUGCGCCAAAAGGUCAGGCCCAACCGUCUGAUGGUAGAAGAGGCUAUAAAUGAAGACAAUUCAGUUGUUUCUCUAUCUCAGGGGAAAAUGGAUGAGUUACAGUUGUUUAGAGGUGACACUGUCUUGCUGAAAGGAAAAAGGAGGAAAGAGACUGUGUGUAUUGUUCUGUCAGAUGACACAGUUGCAUCUGACAAGAUCAGAAUCAACAGGUGUGUCAGGAACAAUCUUAGGGUGCGACUUGGAGAUGUUGUGAGCAUUCAAGCCUGCCCAGAUGUGAAAUAUGGAAAGAGAGUCCAUGUUCUACCAAUUGAUGAUACGGUUGAAGGUUUGACAGGUAAUCUCUUUGAAGUGUUCCUGAAACCUUACUUCCUUGAAGCAUACCGUCCCAUUCACAAGGGAGAUAUUUUUGUUGUCAAGGGAGCCAUGAGAGCUGUGGAGUUCAAAGUUGUUGAGACAGAUCCCUCUCCCUAUUGUAUUGUGGCACCAGAAACUGUCAUACAUUGUGAGGGGGAGCCUGUUAAGAGAGAGGAAGAGGAAGAAGCCAUGAAUUCAGUAGGGUAUGAUGACAUUGGAGGUUGUCGCAAACAGCUUGCACAGAUCAAGGAGAUGGUAGAGCUGCCUCUCCGCCACCCACAGCUCUUCAAAGCCAUUGGAGUGAAGCCUCCACGUGGUAUUCUUUUGUAUGGACCACCAGGAACGGGAAAAACACUGAUUGCAAGAGCAGUUGCCAAUGAAACUGGAGCUUUCUUCUUUUUGAUAAAUGGUCCUGAAAUCAUGAGUAAGCUUGCAGGUGAAUCAGAAAGCAAUCUCCGCAAAGCAUUUGAAGAAGCAGAAAAGAAUUCCCCAGCAAUUAUCUUCAUAGAUGAAUUGGAUGCUAUUGCACCAAAAAGAGAAAAGACACAUGGUGAAGUUGAGAGGCGUAUUGUGUCACAGUUGCUGACUCUUAUGGAUGGUCUUAAGCAGAGAUCUCAUGUCAUUGUCAUGGCUGCCACUAACAGACCUAACAGUGUUGACACAGCUCUCAGAAGAUUUGGUCGUUUUGACAGAGAAAUUGACAUUGGCAUACCAGAUGCAACAGGACGUCUUGAAAUUCUCCGCAUCCACACCAAAAACAUGAAACUGUCUGAUGAUGUGGACCUGGAACAGGUAGCACAAGAAACUCAUGGGCAUGUUGGAGCAGAUUUAGCUGCUCUCUGUUCAGAGGCUGCCCUCCAACAGAUCAGAGAAAAGAUGGAUGUAAUUGAUUUGGAAGAUGAUACCAUUGAUGCUGAGGUGUUGGACAACCUGGCUGUCACCCAAGAAGAUUUCAGGUGGGCUCUAGGUAAGAGCAACCCUAGUGCCCUGCGUGAGACCACAGUUGAGGUGCCCACCGUGACAUGGGAAGACAUUGGUGGGCUUGAAAGUGUCAAGAGAGAACUCCAGGAACUUGUUCAGUAUCCAGUUGAACAUCCAGAUAAGUUCCUGAAAUUUGGCAUGACCCCUUCCAAAGGUGUACUGUUCUAUGGACCACCAGGUUGCGGUAAAACCCUACUGGCAAAGGCUAUUGCCAAUGAAUGCCAGGCUAACUUCAUCUCCGUCAAAGGUCCAGAGUUGUUGACUAUGUGGUUUGGUGAAUCAGAGGCCAAUGUUAGGGAUAUAUUUGACAAGGCUCGCCAAGCAGCCCCAUGUGUGCUGUUCUUUGAUGAGUUGGAUUCCAUUGCAAAGGCACGUGGUGGAAAUGCUGGUGAUGGGGGUGGUGCUGCUGACCGUGUGAUUAACCAGAUGCUUACAGAAAUGGAUGGUAUGGGUGCAAAGAAGAAUGUCUUUAUCAUUGGGGCUACCAACAGACCUGACAUUAUUGACCCUGCUAUUCUGCGUCCUGGGCGCUUAGAUCAGCUCAUUUACAUUCCUCUGCCUGAUGACAAGUCAAGAGUCCAGAUCCUCAAGGCCAACCUCAGAAAAUCUCCAGUAUCCAAGGAUGUUGACCUGGACUACCUGGCCAAGGUGACCCAGGGAUUUAGUGGUGCUGACCUCACAGAAAUCUGUCAGCGUGCUUGUAAGCUGGCCAUUAGGGAAUCCAUUGAAGCAGAAAUUAGAAGAGAGAGGGAGAGAGAUGCCAACCCAAAUGCUGAUGAGGAUAUGGAAGAGGAUGAUGAGGUUCCAGAGAUAGUGAGGCGACACUUUGAGGAAGCCAUGAAGUUUGCUCGUCGUUCUGUCACUGAUAAUGACAUUAGAAAAUAUGAGAUGUUUGCCCAAACUCUACAGCAGUCCAGAGGCUUUGGAACCAAUUUCAGGUUCCCAAGUCAAGCCGGUGGUGGACAGGGCCCAAGCCAAGGUGGACAGGACAACCAGUUCAAUGAUGAGGGAGAUGAUGACUUAUACAGUUAGACUGAAAAACGUACAGUAAUCAGAGAUGAUCAAGAAUGAGAGCAAUCUUUAAACAGAUGAAAGAAAAUGGACAUGUAUUAUGAACAACUUGGAACAUACUUGGAAUGAUUCACUAUAUAGAGUAAAUCCAGUCACAGUCAGCCCUUUUAUCAAGCUAUUUUACUGUAUUCUUUUCAAGCCUGUGGGGAUGUAAACUAUACGACAAGGACCUGAAAAAAAGUGCACAAUACGUGAAUUACAGGAAGGAAAGUUUAUUAGCUUUCAGAUGAUAUUGAUUGUUGACUUCCCUUUUGUACUUUGUACAGUAAUAUACAAUCCUUAAUCCUUGCUUAAUAUAUUGGAAUUAUUAUAACAGGCUUUCUGGUGUACUAUAAGAAACCCUGAUUAUUAAAAUGUGUUGGUAUCUAUACUGAAUCACUUGUAAAAUAUCAAUCUUCAAAAAAGUCACUUAUUUAACAAAGGAUUCUCUUGAUCCUGAGGGGAUAAAUGAAAUUGCCUUUUCACUUCUUGUUAACAUUGAAAGGAAGGAUACCAAAGCGUUGAGUGUUUAUUUAUUAAUGGCUGAGAAUAUUCCAAUUGUGACACAAAGAAUGAAUAAAGUGUUGCAAAAUA